UUUUAGAGGACCUUAAUGUUCAGUGGGUAUUAACGGCUUUGAAAUUCAGUACGAGCACUCGUUACGUUCGGAAUGGGUGGGUUAACCGUUAAUGUAAAGCAGGGGUGGCUCCGCGGCACUAGGGAGAACAGCUCUGUCGGAGGAUCCUACAUAUCAUUCAAAGGGAUUCCGUUUGCAGCACCUCCCGUAGGGAAUUUGAGGUUCGCGGAUCCUAAGCCUCCGCUACCAUGGACUGGCGUGCGAGAUGCUUCAAAAUAUGGGCCGAAGUGCGCCCAAUUCAAUUUGAUGAAAGGGAAAAUAGAUGGUGAAGAAGACUGCCUAUACCUGAACGUAGCAACAACAUCGUUGCAAGGAUCGCGACCGGUGAUGGUUUGGAUUCACGGAGGAGCUUUCAUCUGUGGUGACGGAACGUCGGACAUGUACAGCCCUGACUACCUGAUAAAAACGGACAUUGUCUUCGUUUCGAUACAAUACAGACUCGGAGUUUUUGGCUUUCUGCAACUCGAUCAUGAGGAGGUGACGGGGAAUGCGGGUCUAAAGGAUCAAGUAGCAGCUCUGAAAUGGGUAAAGGAGAACAUCUCCCAAUUUGGUGGUGACCCUAACAACAUCACCAUCUUUGGUGAAAGUGCCGGGAGUGUAUCAGUAAAUUGUCAUCUUGUAUCCCCGCUUUCCAAAGGUCUUUUUCACAAGGCCAUCAUGCAAAGUGGUGCAAUAUUGAAUCCUUGGGUAACCACUCCACCGAAAAUCGAGACUGCCUAUCGUUUUGCGGCACUACUUGGAAAAGAAACCACUGAUCCCAACGAAAUCGUUGAGCAUCUGCGCACGAUUCCAGCUCUUCAGCUUAUACAAACUGAACUGCAAGUUCCGACUCCAGAGGAUAGGAUGCGAUUCUUAUUUCCAUUUCGGCCGUGUAUUGAUGACAAAAGCCCACAACCAUUUCUACCGAAACAUCCAAGGGAACUUGCUGCGAACGGUAUUGACGUACCGGUCAUAAUCGGGUACAACAGUCACGAGGGAUUAUUUUUCUUGAUGGGACUUGUAGAUCAGACAUUUGAAGUACUGAAUAAAAACUUCGAGGUUGCGGUGACUGAAGAUUUGAUUGUUGAAAAUCCGUCAAAAAUAUCUGAAGUAGCAAGUGAAAUAAGAAAGUUUUACUUCAAAGAUAAAGAAAUCAGUCGAGAGACAAUGGAAGAUUACGUCCAAUGUUACGGUGACUUGUACUUCGUCAAUGGAAUCCUGAAGACAGUUGAACAUCAGCAGAAGAAAUCAAAGACGCCGACCUACUUGUACAAAUUUGCUUAUGAAAAUCCUCGAUCCAUGGGUAAACUUGUCAUGAAGGUGCCGCUAAAAGGUGCUGCCCACGCUGAUGAACUCCAGUUCCUCUUCCGUGGAAAACUGUACGACGAUCUAUUGAAAAUCGAACCAAAUUCUUUCGAUCAAAAGUUAUCCGAUGCGAUGGUCAAAAUGUGGACGGAUUUCGCAAAAACUGGAAAUCCAACACCUCAGACCAAUGAAUUGAUACCGGUAAAAUGGGCCCCGGUAACACGGACAACUAAAAAUUACCUAGAUAUCGGCACCGAGCUCUCUGCUGGAGCGAAUCCUGACGAAGAGGUAUCCAAGCUGUUCAACCGUAUCUCUGAUAUCGUCAAGAGUCAGUAAAACGUCGCCAUGAAGAAUACCUCUCAUUUGACCCGUGGGUGGAACGAAUUAUCAUCUUCUUGGACUCCGCCUAAACUUCAUCAUAUCUUGUCAUGAAGCAUAAACGAUCACUGUUGUACCUAGUUUCGGACUAAAUGAUUUUGAUGAGGCUUUGAUUUGAAUAUGCCCCUGUCCAGAUACA